UUGACAUAUGUCAGUUUAGAAUAUUUUACCGAGUGAAAGGCCAAAUUCUUUUUGUUUCAUAAAGCUUUUUCGUAUGAAUUGAAUCCGAAAGUUUUUCGUAUAAUUUAUAUCAUCCACAAUGUGUGAUCAGGAAUUUAGGACGUUGCGCAUAGAUCCACGCUACCCAUUUCAAAACCAAACAAAAGCGUGUUUCGACAACUACUGCGACUACCACAAAUGCGUGCGAUUGCUCGGCGACGUGGACGACUGCAAGAUCUUCAAACGGUACUUCGAGACUAUCUGCCCCAACUUUUGGAUCGAGCAUUGGGACGAGCUAAGGGAGAAGGGCGCGUUCCCUGGACCGACGUGACGAAUUUGUGGAGCAUUUUUUGAAUAUAUCUAUUUGUUUUUAUUUCUUCUUUGUCUUUAUUGUAGGUUACUGUCUAAUUAUUUUCAAUUGCAAUGGACAGCUGCGGCCCACUUCGAUAGUGACGUCGCACAGUGUUUUAUAAACCUCAAUUUUGUGACGUGCCCUUUAUCUUCCAGAUUCCUAUAGCUUUAACUAUUUAAUACAAAUGCGAGAGUAGAACACC